AUGCCAUUGCUAGAAACAGCCCAUGUUAGCCUUAAAGAUGGAUGCCAUGAUUUCUGUCGCAAGAACAGGCGUAAUUGUGAUGAUCCUUGCUGUGGUUGUCAUGCCUAUCCUAUCAACGAGGCGGUGCUUCUCAAUGGUUUGUCCAAUGCUGUCAAGUUGGACUUGAUUGCUUUACCUAAAAUGUUUCUCUACAGAUGGGAUUUGAAAUGGUGCCCCGUCUUUGGCAAAUUAAAGACUCUGUUACUCAAUGAGUGGUUUACAACUGUUGACCUUGUUUGCAUUCUCCGACACUCUCCAGUUCUUGAGAUACUCACUCUUCAGCUUGAUAACACCGAGAACAUUGUAGGAGCAACAGGGGCCCAAGAAACAAUAACACAAUCAUUUGUGUGUGAACGCCUAAAGUUCGUUUAUAUUGAAUGUGAAAAGGUUGAUGAGGGAGUUCGUUCAAUCUUGAGUAUCUUAAGUACAUGCGGCAUACUUCGUGAGCAAAUUAGCAUCAAGGAGGAUCCAUGUUCAGACUCAGAUUAUUCAUCCACUGGUAGCUACUCCACUGAUAGUGACUAAGAUGUGUGAUCGGUCAUGAUGUUCAUCUGAAGACUUAUGUUUCUGUAAAGAAUCUGCAAUGGUGGUCAUGUGUUGGCUGUUAGCAUGUGACCGUGAAGUUCUGUUUCUGCUUCCCGUCUUUGGUCUCUGCCGGAAAUCUGUCUUUAUGGUUUGCUUGGUGCAAUUUAGCAAGACGUUUUCCACCUUGUCAGGAAUCUGCCGGGAAUCUAAAUGAUGGUUAAAACGUUGUUAUGUUUUUAUAAUCUGCCGGGAAUCUAAGUGAUGGUUACAUACAUGUUUUGUAGAUCAUCAAUAUAUUACCAGUAUUGUAAAUGCA